AUGGGAGCGCUUUACUGGCUUGCAGGCAUUAUAAGCAGUGGAUGCGUCUUCAUUUCAGUUUUUUUACAUAUUUUCAUUUGCACCUAUGUUAAGAAGUCAGGUAUCUAUUUAUUGGACGAUUCUUUGAUUGUAACAAAUCUAAUUUCAACAUUUUUAGUCACUGCGUUUACAACUGCAAUUUUAAUAUUCAAAACAUCAAAUAACAUAAAUCAUACAGCUGUUUAUAUAUCAAUUUGUGCAUUCAUCUGCUUCUUUGAAUUUUACAUCGGAUUACGUCUUGCAUUCAAUCCAGCUAUCUAUCUUUCGUCAUUACAGGCCAUCUGGAAAUUAAAUAUUGAGUCAAACGAAAUAGAUACAAUACAAAAUAAAUAUAAAUGCUGCGGAUUUUAUAAAAUCAACGACAUCAGUAGCGAUGAUUGCCCAUUUAAGAAACCAAAUUCAUGCUACUUUGCAAUUAAUAAAAAUGUAGGCUCUAAAAUCGUUACAACGGGUUUAUCCUUUUUAUUAAAUGCCUUAAUUCUUUUGAUAACGGCCAUCUUGCUAGUUAUAGAUGUAUCUAGUAGCGACACAAACCAAGACGGGUCAAUAAAUCUCAAUUAA